CCCAGCGUCUCGCGCGCCACCUAGCAUACCCAAAAAAAAAACAUUUGUCUCGACCGGGAGAUGUCUUGCUGGCUGUACAGGGUGGUGGCUGCCGGCGUGCUACAGGAUGGUGGCGUAUGAGCUUGCCAACUUCAGCAGCUAGACCAUGCCCGUGAGCACGGGGUUACUCGGAGAACCUCGCGCUAAGCGCUGCAAACUUUGCGACGAGUCCAGUCACCGUAGUGAUUCUGGCUCUGGGUAUUGGCAACUACAACUAGACCGAGACCUGGUGGACACCAUCUCCUCGAUCUACCCUGAGUGGUUCAAAAACAACAUGGCGGAAGGUGGAGGGUCGCCUCCUGCCCCCAGGGAUUCCCCGCCCAAGGCGGUGAUAGACACCUCUCCCAUUGUCAUGGACCAGAAUAAAGAAUCCCUGAAGGUGAAACUGCUGUUGCGGCGCCCGUUCGAUCAGCUGGUUGCACAAGGAAUCAUGCCCCCGCACAAAACACCGGCCGCUUUCCACGGCCAGAGGCGGCAGUUGGAGCGUGCGAAAACAGGUGACAUGCUAAAGACCAAAAUCCAACAGAGGCCGCCCCGGCAGGAGCUCGAAAGGAGGCACAUAUUGGAGGCGGACCCCAAUCACGUGGAUCCCAGCCUGGCGGAGCGUCAGCGUAUGCUGAAAAAGGCGAGAUUAGCCGACCAACUCAACGACCAACUGUCCCACAGACCCGGUCCCUUGGAACUAAUCCAGAAAAAUAUCCUCCACACGGAAGAGCCCAUCGAACAAGCGGUCAAAACCGGUAGGAUCCCGUACAAGGCUACCAGCGAGGGUCAGCUCAACAGGCCGCAACUGCCUUCCAACUACAUAAACCCCGAGGAGGAUUCGCAGAGUUCAGAAGGGGAUAACACUGUGAGUCCCGGCCCCAGCGAUGUUUUGGAAACGGCGGCGAAAUCCGCCGGGAUCGUAGUGUCGUUGAUACAGCCCACCGAAGGGACAGUCGUCGUGACCACUGCUACUCCAGUGCUAAGCAAAGACAAUAGUGAGAUCGUUUUCGCGGACUUGUGUAGAUCGGUGGCCGCCCCGCUGCUUUCGCAGGCUUCCGCCUCGAGCCCCGCGUCUUUAGUGUCUUCCACGUCCACCCUAAGCCCCCUGUCCUCCGUCGCCAGCCCCGUACCCUCUAUAGUUUCCCAGCCGGCGACGCCUGCCCCACCGCCGCCGCCUCCAAUUUCGCUGGUAUCGCGCACCAUCCCUUCGCCCGCGAAGAGUGACGCUCCCGGGAAGGAUAAAAACAGAAAGAAGUCCAAGUCCAAGUCCGCCCCCAAGGCACGUACAAUAAAAUUCCACGAAUACAAAGGACCACCUAGUGCUCAAAAAAGUUCCAACACCGCCCCCAAUCCGGAGAGUUCCUACGAUCUGUUAUUGAAACAACAGACUCUUCUGCUGCAGUUCCAACUGCAGCUACAACAUAAAUAUCCACAGAUUAUCCUACCUGCUUCACAGAAAGCGACCACGAGCGAAAGCAACAGUAGUAAUAUAAGCAAUCAGCAACCAUCUCCGGCACCUUCCACAUCUUCCGAAUCGUCUAUCCCGGCUAGAAUAACCGGGAGGUUGGAAGACAUGAAAGUCAGCGAUUUAAAAGCGGAACUCAAGCGCCGCAGCUUGCCAGUUUCCGGUUCCAAGCCGCAACUAAUCGAGAGGCUGAAACCGUUCACAGGAUCAACCGACAUCAUCAACCAGAACCCCAGUUCCAUAGAUUCUUCUGUACAUAGCAACGCGAGUAUGGAUCAGUCACACAAUUCCCCGCAAUACCAGGAGAUGGGUUCCCCACAAGAAUCCAUCAAAGACGACCAGCCCGAACAAAUGGAACUGGACCCCAUGAGUCCAGCUCCUCCAGUGAAACAAGAGCAGUACCAGAUGCAGCAGCAACAGUGCCAGGAGAAGCUGCCGAAGUCCAACGAAGACAUCGUGAGGGAGCAACAGAGACAAAUAGAGGAGCUGCAAAGGGAGCUUACCUUGUCCCAGUUGAAGUUGCAGGCCGCUACCAGAUCCGAACCUAAGGCUCAAAUGAUCGCCCUUCAAAAACACCUGCAGGCCAGGCAACAACAGCAGCAGCAACAACAGCAACAGCAGCAACAACAGCAGAACGUUGCCUUCCAAAUGAAACAGCUGCAAGCGUUGCAAGCCAGACAAGCUCAAGUGAACGAAGAACAGCAGAGGAUGCAACAGCAGCAACAUAUAGCUUUUCAGAAUCAAAAGAAUAUCACCGGAGGCUUGAUUAUAAACGCCGACGCUGCCCUAGUCUUCAACCACCUGAUGCAGGGCAAAGCAAAGGUUCUAAACGGACAUGCUAGAACCCACUCUUUGCCUAACUUUUUGAAUUCUAUCGUCACGCCUAUUAUUACCGCUCCGGAAAUCAAAACGGAAUUUAUCGAGGACCUCAAGCCCGAGAUAAAAAUCGAAUUCAACGAGGAAAGCAACAAACCUCCACCGCCCUUGUACGAAGAAGCUACCAAGCAAAUAAACAAAAAGAACAGCGUUAAAAGUCAGAUCGUGGACGACGUCUUGGAGAUUUUGAUCAAGAACGGGGAACUACCACCGAGUGCCGCGAACGAUCCGUCGACCCCCGGUUCGGCAGGGACCAAGGCGACCGAACCCGUUUAUCCGACUACAGUACAAAACAACAUUAACAACAACAACCAGAACAGUACGAGCAUGGAUCCGAAUAGCCCAGAGGCCGCACUGGGCUUAGAUCCGACCGAUCUGUUGGAUUCCUUGGACAACUUGGACAACAUGGACUUCUCGCAAUUGGUGAUGGAGCUGGGAGGAUGCCAGACGCAAUCGGACGCCAACAUGCAGAACGAUCAGACUGACCCGAUCGAGCCGAUGGACACCGACGACUGGCUCGAGUCCCUGCUGCCUAGCGAGAACGCCUACAACGGGAACAACGGCUCGAGCACGGCCCCCUUGGCCAUCCAAGAGACUGACCUCGGUGGCUACGAUCCCCUGCUGGGGAUAACCCAGGAUCCCUUCGAUCCCUUCAAUUUGGAAGAAUUCCGAUCGCCCGCCGAUCUCACCGCGUCGCUCUCGUGGGACAAAGUUGAUUAUGCCGCGUAGCCGUCGCGCGCGUAUGGAAAAUUCGGGCGCUGCUUAUUCCAGUGAUGUGAGAUUCCACUCGGUAAAAGAUUGACAUUCCACAAAUAUGGCCGCCAAGAUCGCCUAUGGGCGCGGGACCAGGGCGGCCCAAUCGGCCAGGGAACACAUCAGCGUUAUUCUGUAUAUAUACAUAUUACCUAGUUGUAGAUAUAUGCUUAGGAUCUAAUAUUGUAAAUAUUUAUUUGCUCGGUCUGGACAAGUUUAGAACGCCGUUCGACGUGUACGGGGCGUGAUGGGUGGUGCUCGGCGCUUUUUAUUUAAGUUCUUGAAAUUCAGGAGCGGGAUUUAGGUACAGCCACACCCGGUUUCUCUGGAAACAAUUCCUUUAUUCAUUUAUUUUUAAUGGAAUUAUGAUUGACUAAAUCAUUGAAAUAAGUAAUCUUGAAAUCAAUUUCUUGGUUGUAGAAUUUUACAUAAAAUACUGACAAUGAGUCAUUCCAAAUGAAGCAAAAAAAUUUAAUAAAAAUUGCCACUCUUAAACUCUUAAAAAUGAUCUUGGUUUUAUAGGCUUAGAUGUCUUAGAUAUCCAGAUAUUAAACCAGAAACUGGAUUAACUGAUGAUUAAUUAAAAUCCAUAGAACUCAGGUCGGGACCGCUGUGAGGUCAAAGGUAAUUAAAUUACUGCUAUUUUCGGUUGUUGAGUUAUUCUGAAUUUCCAUUUUUAUAUAUCAAAAGUUAUUCCUCUUCAGGGGACACUAUACAACAUUAUAAGUGUUUGUUUGACACAUUUAACAAAAUAAGAACAAAUGAAGUUCAAACGUUCUUUUUAAUAGACCCUGAAUUUGCGCAUAUUAAAAUAUUAUAACUUCCUCAACAUUUGCAAUUCCUGAGCUUGCUGUGAUUUUUUACAUUACAAAAAAAUAUAUGGAAAUUUUAAACGGCAGUAUGCAUUAGCUUUUGUUUUUUUUUAUUGUUUUUCUUGAUUAAAGUAAUUUUCCUAGAAAAGUGCUAAUUAUCCAAAUUUCGUCUAUUUUUCGACAUUAACUCAGAAAUAGUAAAAUUAAUAAUGACAUUGAAAUAAAAUAAAAUUCAUUCUGAUGAGGGGACUAAUAAGUUCGAAACCGGCGAUUCUGCUGACGAAUGGUUUGUUCACUAGAUAUUGCGAGUGUAAUUCAAUUGACGAGGCAUGUAGCCCGCAGAGUAGUGCUUUCCCCACAAUAUUAAUCAGCUUACAUUUUUUUAAGUUUUAAAAUUAAUAAAUCUUUAUAGAAAUUAACACGAGUGUUUUGUGGAGUGUAGAGAAUAUCAUAAAAAAUUGCCAAUAUUUUUCAAAAAUUAAUUAAGAAAAACAGUAACAAACAAAAUUAUAGUUUUCAAACGUGCACUUUCUUACAGUUUCUUUCAUAAGAAAUAUUUGAAUUUCAUUUGUUUUUUACUUAUUAUGUUCACAUAUAAAUCAAGACAGCCUGUAUGUACACUAUUCAUACCUGUCGACUUCCUUAAUUCUCAGUAUUCUUUAUGUGUGUGUUUAAAAACUAGGCUGGACCUUGGGUUAAAUAUUUUCACAAGAGAAACUUUCCAAAAUUAUUAAUAUUCACGAUUACACGAUCACGUCUUUGAAAUCUUUUCCAGUGGAACAGGGCGUACCUUAAAAAAAGCGUCGUUACAUUAAAGCCCAACACGUUGUAAAGAAAUACUUUUGUAUUCGGGUUUAGCUGUGGUGCAAGAAAUUUGUCAAGCAUUUGAUUUGAGAUUCCUAGUCAUUAUUUUAAUAAAAUCGUAAUUUAUUUCUUUGUAUUUAUUCCUAUACUUUUUUUUUCUCUUUAUAUCCAAAGUAUGCGCUGUGUUAUUAGAGUUUUCGGGUAAAAAGUCCGUUUUACCCACGCAAUAUGUACAGUUGAAUUUUUUUGUUCUUAUGUAUUUAAAAGUAGUCGCAACGUGCUCCGUGUUUACCCGUUAAACAAAUAUUUACUCUUUUGUCUAAAGUGUAAUUGGUAAAUUUAAGGCAAAAAAAACGCGUCGUUGGGGUCAUAAUAUUUGGACCAAAUAUAUAGUAAGAAAUUUAUUACUUUUAUAUGAAAUACUCUCUAGUAAGUUAAGGUAAUUUUAUUUCGCAAAUUCCAAGUGUCGUCCCGACUUAGUCGUGAACCGGGGUGGCUUCUAAACUUGUCCGCGCGAGGGACAGUAACUACUUAACUACCUGUACAGAUUGUUUUGUGACAAAGUCGCCUUUAUUUGUUAAGUUAUUCGGAUGUUAGACAUUUAUUUUGUUGACUAUUUGUAUUUAGACGACCGCUUUGCCGGGCCGUAGAGGAAUGUCGCGCUCUUAGAUUUGCCUAAAUGUAUGAAACAAUCGAGAUGCCUUAUGAUGAUACUACAACAAUAUUAUAAAUGCUUUCGUGGCCCCCGAACUUGUUUCAGUCCAUACUGUUUGGCGUUUAUAUUAUUUUGCUAAUUGCUAUUGUUUAUGGAAACAGUAUGUGGGUGAAAGGGCUUCGGCCAUGAAAUAAAGUAAUGACUAAAC